AUGCAGCAGAUCUUGCUCCUUGUGCUUAUAGCGUGCGCUGCCCUUGGCGCGCCGUCCCAUCCAGCAUUGCGCCAGUCGCCAGCACAAGAACCUUCCGAAGCGCUCGUUGCGCGGUUCUUUCAAAUUCACAACAAGCGCAUGGGCACCACUCAACGCCGACUUCUUGGCAAAAGCUCCCCCGUCUUUUUGUACGUCGAGUACUCAAGCGCACACCACGAGCGUGUCGUCUUGCACAUGAACGUGUUGGCCACGAUGCACAAGUCGCUCGGGGUGGCGUUGGAGUACCGGUGGUACUAUGGGUACUCGCAGUCCGUACCCGACUACACGGCGGCCAACAUCCAAUCAGGGGCUAUAGGCACCAAAGACAACUUUUUCGAGUACGCCGACAUAGUUCACAUCGCACUGCACCGUGCGGGAGGGGUGACGCCUAUGAAAACACCAUACACAACGGACGGACCGAUGGCCUUUUACAAAUUGUCGCGAGCUGGCAUCUACUUUCAAUUUGAGGGGGUUCUCCCUUCCAAUGCCUAUGACGGUGGAACUUGGGCGGCGGCAUGCGACUGCAAUAUUACAUCCAACAAGCCCGGGUUGGCCGUGAUGGCCCGGGGGGGGGGUCUUAGAAGCCAACCCGACCACCCCGGCACCAACGUCGACUACCAACAUACGUGGGUCGCGUUUUACAACGACCACAGCACGGCCGACAUGAUGAUCUAUCGAAACUGA